UCUUUUGUAAUUAAUGUUUGAGUUAGCAGCGAGUGAGUGAUUCAGUCAACUGCUCCCCCAAAAUAGCCGUUGCUUUUGUCGCCCGCAUCUUCACCAAAUGUGAUCACUCCGCUCUACUCCGCCAUACACCUCCAUGGAAGCCACCGCUGGAUCUUCAAAAACCGGUGCCCAACCAACCCCAGCAACACCCAAUCCGAAACCCAAAGGCGGUCCAAGAGGCAGAAAACCAAAAGCCCAAAAAAGAAAAGAGCAGCUGAUCCCUUUACUUUCAUCAGCAAAAUCUGCAACUCAAGCUUUCCUCUCUCACAAUGAAAUUCAUCUCCUUCCUUCUCAAUCUCUUUCCCUCCAUUCCAUUCUUCUUUCUCUCCCUUUUCCUCCAUCUCCCUCACAGUCACCGUCUCCGUCUCCGUCUUUCUUUCACCGUUUCAUUUCCUCCGCUCACUCCGAUUCAGACCCUCGCUGGUACGAAUUCUUCCGCAUGUCUAAGUCAACUUUCUUAAAUCUUCUCUCUAUACUCACCCCUCCUUUACUCUCUUUCUUACCUCCUUCAAUUCCUCCUGAUUCCGCUGUUGCCUCCGCCCUCUUCCGCCUCGCUCACGGUGCUUCUUACGAAGCAUCCGCCCGUCGAUUUGGGCUUGAUUCCUCAUCUGCUGCUUGUCUUGCUUUCUACAGCGUUUGUAAAGUUGUUAAUGAAUCUUUGGCUAAUUUGGUCGAUUUAGCUACCGAUAAAGAGCGUGUUAUAGUGGGGUUUGGUUGGAUUUCGUUUCCUAAUUGCUGUGGGGUUUUAGGGUUUGGUAAAUUUGGCGUUGAUAGUGAAGUUCUAGGCAAAAAUGGGUCGUUGUUGGUUCAAGCAUUGGUGGAUUCUGAAGGUAGAUUCUUGGAUAUUUCUUCUGGGUGGCCUUCUGCUAUGAAACCCAGUUCGAUCUUUAGCCAAACCAAACUUUACUCGCGAAUUGAGGAAUCGAGAGAGCUGUUGAACGGGCCGUGUUAUCAGCUUAACGAUGGGAAUGCGAUUCCUCAGUAUAUAUUGGGGGAUUCUUGUUUUCCUCUGUUUCCAUGGCUGUUGACUCCUUACAUUAGGCCAAACGAAGAAGACAGUUUCGGUUCAGCUGCAAGAGAGUUCAAUGCGGGUCAUAGUAGAGCCAUGAGGCUUGUUACCACUGCGUUUGGAAGAGUUAAAGCUCGGUGGCAGCUGUUGGCGAUGAGAUGGAAAGAGGAUUGCGUCGAGUUUUUCCCAUUUGUGAUUGUGAUGGGUUGUUUGCUGCACAACUUUUUAAUCAAAUGUGGUGAAUCAAUGCCGGAGGAGAGUGUUGAAUGCUAUGCAGAUGAGGUAGAAAUGCCUGUUUUUCAAGGAGAGGCGUAUGAGGAAGGGCAGAGGACUCGGGAGGCGCUUGCUAUGCAUUUGAGUUGGGUAAGGAUGAGAAGGUAAAUGAAAUAAUGUUAUUGAUUUUGCUGUUGUAGUAGUAAUAAUAGCAGCGGAAGCUGUAGUUUUUCUUGUAAAUAAAUGGCGGGUGUUGCUAGACUUAGAGUUAGAGGACUAUGCUUUCAAUAGCAUAAGCAUUUUCUCUACAUUGUUAUCAUUUUGGUUGUAGCCAGCUUAUAAAAGUUGAUGAAAUAUUCAUUAUGCUUUGUAAUUGUAGUAUUAAUAAUAGUAACUUAUGUUGCACGUAAACUUUUGGAGGCUUAUGUUUCAGCGAUUCAUUUUCGGAACUGCUUUGCGGAUUUCUAUUUCCAUGUUUCUGUUUCAUCAUCAUUUUGGCAAGAGCUUCAUCACAGCAAUGACAUACUAUCCUCCAUAUUAGCGCGAUAAACAUUGGCAGAACAUCCUAAUAGAAUUUAAGCCAAAAGUGUUCACUUUUCUCCUUUAGCAGCUAAUAUUAUAUCUCUAUGACGGGAAAAGAGUAAACUUAUCACGUUAUUCUACAAUUUGAUAGAGCAAUGUUCCUUGCUGAAAAGCUGUUCGUACAGAUCCACAACAUCAACCAAAUCCAGCAUAUAAACUACCAAAAACAUUCUCAUUCCUUCUAGCAUUAAAGAAUAAAUAUUAGACUGGUAUUUGAUAUUAGAUUAGACUAGCAUUUGUAAUGGCUGUUACAGCAACUUGUACUAUAAAAAUUUCAUUUAGUGCAUGUAUUUCAUAUUGGUUAAUACUGAAUAUGACAUUUAGCUCUGUUGAUUUGGUA